AACCCCGGAAGUGCAACAACAUAGGAAAUGAUCGCUUGCAAUAUUAUGCUUUUUCAGGAAAUAUACAAUUUAACGUGAAUAACGUUCUAAAGGAAAUCAAGACCCGCUACAUUGUUCAUCGGUGUCUGAAUGACGACGGAUACAUCUUGAGUUCGAGGGAAACGCUACAUUCUUCAGUGUUUGUGGAUAUCACCAUGCGACAUGUUUUGUAGUAUUUAGGCUAUUUCAUCGAAAGGGAUAUGAAGACAUGGUGCUGUGUGUAAAUGAAUUCAAUUGAAUUUGAGAAGAAAUAUAAAGGUAAAAUAACGCUAACAUUUGUAUAUUUGUCCAGACCUCCCAUCUGCAUGUGCUGACUAUAAGCAGAAUUACUACGUUCUGUGAUCAUUGCUGGUAACAAACAAGUCGGUGUCGUUGCACUUUCCGUCAUUUCGAAUGAACGACAGAAUUUACUUCAGUAAGAAAUAGGUCACUGAAAGUGUCACCUAAAUAGGUCUUAAAAGAUCUGUUCAGAUCCGAUCAAUCUUAAUCGUGUUCAGAAAAUAACAAGCAUGAGUUUCUUCAGUUUUGGCCAAAGUGCAGAAAUUGAUGUAGUUCUGACUGAUGCUGAGACGAGAAAGAAGGCUGAACAUAAGACUGAAGAUGGGAAGAAGGACAAAUAUUUCCUAUUUUAUGAUGGGGAGACUGUGGCAGGAAAGGUCAACGUUACACUGAAGAACCCUGGGAAACGACUGGAACAUCAAGGCAUCAAAGUCGAAUUUGUAGGUCAGAUUGAGCUGUACUACGACAGAGGAAACCAUCAUGAGUUUGUCUCCCUGGUGAAAGAUCUGGCAAGGCCUGGUGAGCUUACUCAGUCACAGACAUUCGACUUUGAGUUCACCCAUGUUGAGAAGCCCUAUGAGACCUACACAGGCCAGAAUGUGAAGCUACGGUAUUUUCUGCGCGCUACGGUGAGCAGGAGACUGAAUGACAUCAGUAAAGAGAUGGAUAUUGUGGUGCACACACUCAGCACGUACCCAGAGCUCAACUCAUCAAUAAAAAUGGAAGUUGGGAUCGAAGACUGUCUCCACAUUGAGUUUGAGUACAACAAAUCCAAGUACCACCUGAAAGACGUCAUUGUGGGUAAGAUCUACUUCCUGCUGGUGCGGAUUAAAAUCAAGCACAUGGAGAUUGACAUCAUCAAAAGGGAGACAACUGGCACCGGUCCUAGUGUAUACCAUGAAAAUGACACCAUCGCCAAAUAUGAGAUCAUGGAUGGAGCUCCUGUCCGAGGAGAGUCGAUUCCAAUACGAUUGUUUCUGGCUGGCUAUGAGAUGACCCCUACCAUGCGAGAUAUCAAUAAGAAGUUCUCUGUGCGUUACUACCUUAAUCUGGUGCUGAUUGAUGAGGAGGAGAGACGCUACUUCAAACAGCAGGAAAUCACACUGUGGAGGAAAGGGGAUGUGGUGAGGAAGAGCAUGUCGAGCCAGGCCACCAUCGGAGCCCAGCGGUUCGAGGGCUCAGUCAGUUCAGAGAGCGCCCUGGAGAAGGCGGCGAGGGAGGACAGCGCCUAAAGCUGCCUCCACUCAUUCGCCUCACAGAAGAUUGGCAGUGUCUGUGGAAAAGUAUUGGGGGCACCUAUCAGCUCACAUGAUCACUGAUAAAGUAGUCCUCUGUUUAUUAGGGCUGCUGAAUAAAGGGAUAAAGGAAGGAUGAAGGGAAGUCUAGAGGUAAACACCUGAACAAUGAAAAAGAAGCCUGCAUGAGGCAUUACAGGGGUCUAAAAUCCUGCUGCAGGUCAAUUCCAUCCACACACAUAUCCAGUGAAAGUUAAGCCGGCCACUUGUUUAGAUCUCCCCUGUGCGUGAUACCCGAAAAAUGGAAUAUUAUACCCUGUCAUCUUCAAUUUAUCAACUUUCUUUGUCACAAAAUAUAUUUCUAGCUUUAGCUUUAUAUGAAUGGAUUCUAACUCCGUCUACAACACUGCAUUGUCAUAGGGAGUUAGUCAUCUGUAACAGCGAUGCAUUUUGAAAACAUUCCAUACCCAGUCAAAUGAGUCCUGAAAUUUUAAUGUGGUGUCAUAAUGAAAUCUGAAAUUGUGUCUUUACACAGAUAGGUAUCCGUUGCUUCUCCACAUACACAUUAUCCUCUGUCCUUGUGUAAUGAUUGCAGUGAGAUCAAUGGAAGGUUUCUACUGCAUUGGAAGUGUCAUCCAAUUUCUUUGAGUGAGAGGGCUAGAUAAAGUAUUACUAACCCAUUCAUUUUAAAGUCCUGCAAAUAAGAGCUAUAGAACUCUCACCCUCUUAUACCAUCAUGUACAGUGAAUAGCAUACAGACGGUCACAAUAUGACCAUUACAUUCACAUGCUUUACCUAAGCAUUCCAAUACUGUUAGGCGGGGAUUUUAAGUGCUUGUAUUUGAGGUCUGAUAUUAAGAAGUCUUCUGUAUCGUCCAUGUUAGACUUGAAAUGUCGUGCCUAAGUGUAUCUUGCAAAUUAAAUCCUGUUGCCUCAAUACGUUUAACACUUAUUUUAGUCUGAAAUGUUCCUGUAUUUUUUUGUGCUCUGCAAAUGACUAAUUAUAGCCCCUUCCCCAAAACUGAAAUAAAUUGAUGCCAUAUG